AUGAUCUACCCCAUGUUCAUAUCCAAUUUACUCAUUUUUAUCACAAACUGCUAUACACAAUCAUUCGUAGUCGACUACUCAGUUUGCUGCACAGGAGAGAAGGAAAGACGAAUGCGAAACUGCCUCUUCAGUGUCGGUGACUACAAAAUGAGUCUCAUUCGCGUGGUUGAUUCAGAGAGAAUCGACUACUUGGACACCGUCGAUGGAACAGGAACAAUCUGCCCAGUCUGCUUCAAACGAGUUUACAGGCGAUUCUGCUCCACCAAAGUGGGAUUCCUUCUCCUACGAGUCGUAGUGAGUCUCGCUCAGACAAAGGAGACUGAGGAGCACAUGGUUCCAGUCAUAAAUGGACAAAUCUACUUCAAGAACGACAGUAGCAGGACGAGGCUGCUUGUCUACAGCAAACGUGGAUUUGAGACAAUUUCAAUCACAAGGCAGGGAAAGAAGGUCUUCAGGAUGUGGAGUGAGAAGACGGCAUUUGAUGUGACCAGAAUUGCAGCAGAAUUCACUGGAUGCGCCUACGGGAAUCUGAGUGCAUUCAAGUACAAGGAGUGGGAAGAAGACACGUUUUACAGGACAUUCAAGUGGGUUGUGCCUGGGGCAGAUGAGACCGUUCUGGCUGCCUAUGACGUGUUCGUACGGAUGUACCAGUACGAUAGGGCAGGAAGGGCAAGCAACAAGUUUGUACGAAGCAACAGGUUCAUUCAGAGGUUCAUUAACAACAGUUUGGCAGUGUGGAAGCAGAUGCAUCGUAACAUGAUGGGUGGGCUACCAGAGGAGACGAGGACGGUGGAGGAGCACAAGAAGCGCAUUGAGAAGGGUGUUGGAAUCGUAUUCGUUGAUUACACGAGGAAGGCAGGGGAUGACGAGGUGGAGUCUACGAUGAACAUCGAGGAGCUGUUUAAGACUGAAAAAGAGGAGAAGAAGAGCAAGGGGAAGCCAAUUAGGAAGACAGUUCACAGGAAGAAGGGCAGUAAGUUGGUGAUAGGCCUGGGAAUGGUAAUUAUGGUUAUAGCAAUAUUAGGAACAAUAGUGCUUCGGAUUCUGAAGAGGAGGUGGAACAAGAAGGAAGGGGAAGUAAAUACUACGAAGUGA